AUGCCAGCGAUUCCGUCGCCUACUGAGCUGCUAGAAAAUAUCCUCGUGCAUCGCAACACCGACCCAACUUCCAACAACACGACUGCUCCAGUUUUAGAGGUUGUUUGCGCCUGGCCUGUGUCCGGGCAAUAUGGGCCCGGGACCCGAGUCCUAUACUAUACUUUGAUGGUAGCCUGCGUCAUAGCUCGAAAAGAGGAAUAUAUUCGUAAUUCUUGUCUGGCGGCUGCGCUGCUUUUCCCUGCCGUCGCUGCUAUCCACGGGAUUGUCCUGGCCGCUGUCCAUCGCGAUGGAGCGGUCGAUAUGGAUGUUUACGGGGCUUUCCAGCUGUGCGCGAUUGGUAUUCUGACUGCGCCAGUGACCGUGAGACUCUCCAAGACAUAUUUCAACAAUCCCGGUCGCGACAUCAUCUUCUUGUGGACGGGUCUUCUUCUAGCUGGGCUCCUUAGUUUGACCGUGGAAUUCAUUCGCCUUGCACCUACGCAAUGCCCACCCGACAACUCGGCGACAAAGGAAUGGAUCUUAACAGGCCAAUUCCCGUAUAAGAGCAAAUGCGGCAUGAUUUGUGGAGACAAAGGCGGCCCGGUUUCGCCUUUGCGGAAAUACUCGGCUGACAACAUCUACGUGAUCCCAAUGCCCCAUGAAAUCACUUUCAGUACAGCUACGCUCCUUGCAGCCGCAUGCUGCAUCCCCGCCAUUCUGUCGCUGGUGUCUACAUGGAUCAAGAUCCUUGAGAAAAAUUGGGAGAAGCUUGCCCGUGGAGAUCGGCAAACCGAGAAUUCCGAUGAACAACCGAUUAAAGGCACCAAUGGAGCCACCCCCGUGCAGAUGUCGGGGAUUGCAAAAAGGCUACGAGGCUGGCUCACGCUGAUUGAGAUUCCAGUCUUCGCCGUCGCAGUUCUGGCCAUCCUGGUCAAGGGCGAGAUGAAUUUCUGGAGUGAGCCAGUCAAGUAUCAAACGGAGCCAAUAGCUAGUGUUGGCCAAUGGGCACCGAUUGUUGGUACUGCACUUGCCGCGAUCGGAUCUCUCUAUCUUCUUCUUGCGGCUGACAUGGAAGCCGAAAAGAAAGGCGAAAUGCCGCCGGACGAGGAGCCCAAGAAUCAGCCCGUCGGAAGAUGCGCAAGAUGUGAUCAGUGUGCUAUUUCUAGCGAUAAUGCAGAUUCUAGUACAGGCUCACGACACAGUUCUCAAAGCAGCGACGAACGGCUAUCACAGGGAGUGGCGAGAACAGAAACCCAGCCUUCUAUAUCCACAGCUAAGCGCACUAUGACCAGUAAAUCCGAAGGUUCCGAUCCAGCUGGAAGACGGAAGGUGGCCCGUUUUCUUAACAUGGCGAGCAUGCGUGUGGCUGCCAAAGCAGGCAGUCAAUUCAAAGAUUCUGGUUUUAAUCCUCAAGGGGGAGAGGGCCUACAUCAACUCUCCGAUAGCUCGGUCCAGAGCCAGCAGCUUUGUCGAAAGUAUUCAAUCCAAUUCAUCCAACGGCCAAGGAAAUUCGAGCACGCCCUGGGGUCUUUCGAGGUAUCUAUCAUUACCAGACCCAGCACGCACACCGACCCGCCCAAGGCACUCAAAUACGUUGCCAUCAAUAGGGAGCUCAUCCGAGCUCGCUAG